AUGGGUAUGUUUGAAGGGCUUCCGCUGUGCGCCCACAACCUCAUCAAGAACAAUGAGUGGAAGGGCGGAGGAAUUGUGAGGUUGGACAACGCCUUGUCACGGCCAUCAGCUGGCGACGUUGCAAUCAACUAUCACAUGCUCAAACCGCUGAUACCAUUUUCGCCAGACAAGGUGUGCAGCGGCUACUUCAUCACCGACUGUUUGCUGGGCUUGGAUGAGUUGUUCGAGGGAAAGCUCUUGGUUGACGCUGCUGAUGGGGGCAAGCGCAAAGUGGACAUCGCGGCUGAGGAAGCGAUGAAGCUGAAGAUGUUGAUGGGUGCGGUUCGCGCCUUGUGGCGGAGCUCGCCUUCAGGACAGCACCCGCGGGUCUCAGAACUCAAGGGCAUGCUGCGCCCUAGCCCAUCUCGCCGCCGUCUAAAAGAGGAGGUUUCCUGUCCAUGCCAUUGA